GACCCGGGCCGUGUGCCACAUCCAGCGAACCACACGAGCAGGUGUCGCGGCGACCACGAAGCGUCGCGGCUCAUUUUGAAUUCUUCCUCCCGUUGGCAAGUGGCCGUGUUUGUCGCUGCGCGCUGGGCGACGGAGGAGAAAACAUGAAGGAGCUGAAGGGCUGCGCUAUGCGGUCCGCGGUGGGCUUUCUGUCCCGCAGGGAGCUGACCGGCCAGCCGCUGCUGAAGGACGAGUUCCAGAGGCGCCGGAUGGCCGGCUGCACCAGCCUCUACAAGAAGGACAUGCUGGGACACUUCGGCUGUGUCAACGCCAUCGAGUUCUCCAACAACGGCGGCGAAUGGCUGGUGUCUGGAGGAGACGACCGGCGGGUGCUGCUGUGGCACAUGGAGCAAGCCAUCCAUGCUCGGUCCAAGCCUGUGAAGCUGAAGGGGGAGCACCUGUCCAACAUCUUCUGCCUGGCCUUUGACAGUACCAACAGAAAAGUCUUCUCCGGUGGAAAUGAUGAGCAGGUGAUUCUUCAUGAUGUGGAGAGAAGGGAGACCGUGAACGUGUUCCUGCACAUCGACGCCGUGUACAGUUUGUCCGUCAGCCCGGUUAAUGACAACGUGUUCGCCAGUUCAUCGGACGACGGACGGGUUCUGAUCUGGGACACUCGCGAGCCGCCGCAUGGAGAGCCGUUCUGUCUGGCCAGCUACCCCUCGGCCUUCCACAGUGUGAUGUUCAACCCCGUGGAGCCCAGGCUGAUCGCCACUGCCAACUCCAAGGAAGGAGUUGGAUUAUGGGACAUUCGCAAGCCACGCAGCUCCCUGCUGCGCUACGGAGGCAACAUGUCCCUCCAGAGCGCCAUGAGCGUUCGCUUCAACAGCACCGGCACCCAGCUGCUGGCGCUGCGCCGCCGCCUGCCGCCCGUCCUCUACGAGUUGCACUCGCGCCUGCCCAGCUACCAGUUCGACAACCAGGGCUACUUCAACUCCUGCACCAUGAAGAGCUGCUGCUUCGCCGGGGACAAGGACCAGUACAUCUUGUCUGGAUCGGACGACUUCAACCUCUACAUGUGGAAAAUCCCAAAGAAUCCAGAAGCGGGAGGCGCUGGUCGAGUGGUGAACGGGGCUUUCAUGGUUCUGAAAGGUCACCGCUCCAUUGUGAACCAGGUCCGCUUCAACCCGCACACCUACAUGAUCUGCUCGUCCGGUGUGGAGAAGGUCAUCAAGGUGUGGAGUCCCUACCAGCAGCCCGACAGCCUCGGUGACCUGGACGGCCGCGUGGAGGACAAGUCCCGCAGCCUCUACACGCACGAGGAGUACAUCAGCCUGGUGCUCAACAGCGGCAGCGGCCUGUCCCACGACUACGUCAGCCAGUCCAUCCAGGAGGACCCGCGCAUGAUGGCCUUCUUCGACUCGCUGGUGCGUCGGGAGAUCGAGGGCUGGAGCUCCGACUCUGACAGCGACCUGAGCGAGGAGGCCAUCAUGCAGCUCCACGCCCGCGGACGCCGCACUACGCGCGCCACACCGGCGCCUCCCGUCGCCCCCCCGGCCGCCGCUCACCAGAGCGACUCCGAUGACUCGUCCUCCUCGUCAUUGGCCGGACCCGAUGCCUCGGGAGGGGAAGAGCAAGCCACAGUCGAGGCCGAGGCCGAGGAGCGGCCCAGGAGACGCAGGCAUCAGUCUGGCCUCCUGGUGAAUGAAGACUCGGACUCGAGUGAGUUCUGGCUUGACCCCAUGCCCCGGCCCCGCUUCCCGAGCCCCAGGGAGAACUCCACGCUUUCCAGCCCCGCCUCCUCCCCUUCACUUCCCGCUGGGGCCUCCAGCUCCUCCACGUCCACCUCCAGCUCCAGCAGCGACGACGAGGAGCGGCGCAGCGCAGUGAGGCGGCGCAAUGUCAUGAGGCGACGGCGCAUGCACGUGGUCUCCAGAGCGAGCGACCGGCCGGAGUCCGUCCAGGCUUUGUUUUCGGCCGUCGACUCCUGCAGUUAUCCGUCGAUCUCCGUCGAGGACUUGUCUUCCUCCUCUAUAGACGAGGAACAACUCAAGGCCCAAGGCGGCGCCGCCGCUGCCCGAGAGGAGGAGAAAUGUCUGAGCCCCUCUGACUUUGUGUGUUCGAGCCCAGUAAUGUCGCCCGCGAGCCAGGAGAACGAGGCGGGGAGCGACAGGACUGAGCUGGAGAGACGUUCGGCCGCGUCUCCUCAGUCGCUGCGCAGACGCCGGACCGAGGGCAGGGCGGAGACGACUUUGGACAGCUCCGAUAGCGGAGAGGCGUGCAGCAGCAGCUCGGCGGCUGUGGACAGUAACUCCCAGAGCCGCCAGCGGAGCCCCGGAGUCAACGGGCAGCAUCGGACUGUGGCGUCGCGCGGGAGCGAGAACCUCCACGUCUCCUCGGAGUCGGACGGAGACGCCGUUGCCGCCGCCGUCACGCCUGAAGACACCAGGCCACGGAGAGGGAAAGGCCCCGCGCAGAGCGCUCUGAAACGGACUCACGGAGAAUCAGGCUCCUCGCCCACAGAGAAGAAGUUAAAGACAUAAUCUACAACAUCUUUCCGAUCUCCGAAAAACAAAUCAUUUGUUAACAGACUUGAUUUAGGAAGUGGGUUUUUCUAUGGGUUUUUACAACUCAAGCUUUUUCAUUUUGUGUCUCGUUGUGUCUGUGUGAGUGUGUGUGAGAAACGUUUGAGCUUGUGCUGCCUAAGAGCAGAAGACGAUAAGCGACUUUAAGAAAAAAAAAAAAAAUGACGACGACGUGGUUAAUUUUCUGUUUGAGAACAAAUGGAUCUGAUGGUGUUGUCGUCCUCAAGGUCAAACCACCGAUGACGUUAAAAGAUGGGAGAUGUAAAAAACAAAACGGUAAAUAUUGUUGAUAACAAAUGGUAUUGUAAAGUGAAAUGCAGCGUCAAGUGUUUCUUUCUCCGUCUCCGCUCCGGUUGUCGCAGGCGAAGCUCUGCCGAGGAUUUGGAGCUUUCUUUUUCUCCAACCGUUACGAAAAUGAAAAAGGGUCUCGUCGAGGACGACGGCUUUGCAGCAUUUUUUUUUUUAUUUCUAAGGUUUAACACAGAGCGAAAAAUCUGAUCGGGCUCAUUCCUGGCCGUGACUGAUUCAGGUUCCUGAAGAAUUGACUGCGUCUCCAUAGAAAUCCCGACGGAGCACCAUUUGUUUUAAGCUGUGCUUUGAAUUGAAAACGAUGCUUCCAUUGUCUCUACCAAUUGUUGUUUUUUUUGUUGUCUCAUUAUCCAGCCCUCUGGGCACCAUCACCAGCCAGCUCGCUUUUGUGUCCUCGCAAAAUUAAAGAAAUAAUCUGC